AUGCUCUUGCAAGAAACGAAAGAAGAUUCUGAGAUGGCCACGCGUCUUUUGGAGGACGAGGAUGAUCUUGAAAAUGCUGAUGAUACCGAUGAUGCUGAUAAUGUUGAUGGUGCUGAUGAUGUUGAUGAUGAAGCUGAUGAUUCUGAUGAUGGAGGUCAUGGUGUUGAUGAUUAUGAUGAUGUUUAUGAUACUGGUGAUGUUGAUAGUGACGAUGAUGGUGACGAUGAAGAUGAUGAUGCUGAUGAUGGAUGGCUGCUGUUGAUGAUUUUAAUAUCGGUCAUUACGCUGCUGAUGAUGAUACUGAAUGAACGUAGUAACAUGACGAUGAUGAUCGACGCAUUUGAGAAUCACAAAACGAUAAAUGAAAAUGAUGAUGAUAACGUCGUUGUUGGUGAUGAUGAUGUCGAUGAUGCUGAUUUGAUUACUGAUGAUAAUGACAUGGUGGGUGUGAAGGAGGAUGAUAAUGAUGACAAUGAGUACCCGUAG